GUUACAUGCGCAUAGAGGCAGGGCGGUAUUGGUGCGUGCUUGGUCAGGUGGGAGGAGGCAGGACUCUGCUACCGGAAUUGCUGGCGUGCCGUCGCUAGCCCAGGAAAGGAGUCCGCGUGGGUCUUGCUGCUGGCCGUGGCAGGGCGCGCUUGCUGGAUGUGGAGGCGGCUGCUCUGGGCGACGGUCAGGGCCAUGUCUAGUGGCGGGGCUGUCCCCGGAGCCCGCCGUCAGCGCCCGCCAAAGGACCCGCUGCGGCAUCUGCGCGCGCGGGAGAAGCGCCUGGGCACUGCGGGGACCUCGACGAGUGGAGGGGCCAGGACUGUCUUCGUUCAAGUGGUGGCUGCGGGGACGCGAGAUGCAGGAGCUGCGGUCUAUGUGUUCUCCGAGUUCAACCGGUAUCUUUUUAAUUGUGGAGAAGGAGUGCAGCGCCUUAUGCAGGAGCACAAGCUAAAAGUGGCUCGCUUAGACAACAUCUUCCUCACCAGAAUGCACUGGGCAAAUGUUGGUGGCUUGUCUGGAAUGAUACUUACCUUACAAGAAACAGGGGUUCCAAAGUGUGUGCUCUCUGGGCCGCCACAACUGAAAAACUACUUGGAGGCAAUCAAAGUCUUUUCUGGCCGAUUAAAAGGAAUAGAUUUGGCUGUGCGACCUCAUUCUGAACCAGAAUAUCAAGAUGAGACGAUGACGGUCUAUCAGGUUCCCCUAGUAGGAAAAAAGCCUUCAAAUAAACAUAGGCUACAUCAGAGCUCUGAACUGCCAGCAAGUGUGGUUGAUGAAAAACAGCAUAUGUCAAGGCGGGGAUCUCCCUCUGUGGAACAGCAGUGCCUAAGGCGUGACAGAAGUGAAGAAUCACCUGAUAAAAUGGAUGGUAGCUGGCAUACUGGCCAAAGGGACCCAUCUUUGGUGGUUGCAUUUAUUUGUAAGCUCCAUCCAAAAAAAGGCAACUUCUUGGUGCUCAAAGCAAAGGAACUUGGUUUGCCUGUUGGCACUGCCGCAAUCGCACCCAUAAUAGCAGAUGUGAAAGAUGGAAAGAAUGUCAUGUUUGAAGGCAGAGAGAUUUUGGCAGAAGAAAUUUGUACCCCACAAGACCCAGGUGCAAUCUUCAUCAUAGUGGAAUGUCCUCAUGAAGGUUUUAUAGAUGCAGUCUGCGAAAAUACUACACUGCGAGGGUAUCAAGAUGGGAAGCAGGACAAUCCUGUGGCUUUAGUUGUUCACAUAACCCCAGAACCUGUUCUGCAGGACGGUCGCUAUAAGCAGUGGCUACAAAGAUUUGGAGCUAGUACUCAACACUUGAUACUCAAUGAGAAUUGCCCUUCAGUGCACCAUCUCCGCAGCCACAAAAUUCAAACCCAACUCAACCUCAUCCAUCCAGAGAUCUUUCCACUGCUCACCAACUACCAGAGUAAGGAAGAAGAGGCUACAUUUAGUGUGCCUGUUACACGAGGAGAGUGCCUCCUCAAAUACCAGUUGAGACCCAAACUAGAAUGGCAGAGGGAAGCUGUCACUGCCUGUAAUUCUGCAGAAUUCAUAACUGAAGCUCUGGAGCUCCCUCAUUUUCAGGACUCUGUGCAGAAGUGCAAAGAGAGCCUACAGGUCAGGCCAGCUUCAUCAGGAAACACAGACUGCUAUCCAGAAGUUGUAUUCUUGGGAACUGGCUCUGCAGUCCCAAUGAAAAUUCGGAAUGUUAGCUCAACACUGAUAAAUGUUAGUUCCACAAGGUCUCUGCUUCUGGAUUGUGGGGAAGGAACAUUUGGCCAGCUUUGCCGCCAUUAUGGAGAUGAAAUUGAUCAAAUCCUGCGUAACAUUGCAGCGGUGUUUCUGUCUCAUAUACAUGCUGAUCAUCAUACGGGCUUGUUGAAUAUCUUGUUGCAGAGACAUCGUGCUUUUAUGACCCUGGGUCAGUCCUCCAGCCCGCUGUUGGUGGUUGCACCCACACCGAUAAUGACUUGGCUGCAUCAAUACCAUGACCAUUGCCAAGAGAUCCUAGGGCAUAUCAAUAUGAUUCCUGCUCGUUUCCUAAUAGAAGGAUGUGAUGUCUUCAAACCUAAAGCAAAGGCAUUCAUUUGUUUACUUAUGGACACUUAUGACUUUGCAAAGUUUCAGACUUGUGAGGUUCGGCACUGUAAAAAUGCCUUUGGUUGUUCACUGGUUCACAAAUCUGGGUGGAAAAUAGUCUAUUCUGGUGACACUAUGCCCUGUGAAACUUUAGUUGAAAUGGGAAAGAAUGCUUCUCUGUUGAUUCAUGAAGCUACACUGGAAGAUGGCUUGGAGGAAGAAGCUAUAGAGAAGACACACAGCACUACUUCCCAGGCAAUUGGAGUUGGGAUGAAGAUGAAUGCAGAAUUCAUCAUGCUCAAUCAUUUCAGCCAGCGCUAUGCUAAAAUCCCUCUCUUCAGUGAAGAUUUCAGUGAGAAGGUUGGAAUUGCAUUUGAUCACAUGCUGGUGCGCUUUGGUGAUUUUCCUGUUAUUCCCAAGUUGAUCUUGCCCCUCAAAGCCUUGUUUGCAGAUGAAAUUGAGGAGAUGGAAGAGCGGAGGGAGAAACGAGAGCUACGUCUUCUGAAAGAAGCAAUUAGAGUCUCUGAGGCCCGGACUGUUGGUGAGAAGGCACCAGCCAAACUGAAACUGAAACACACAGAAGAUCUUCAUGGCACACCAAACAAAAAAUUCAAAACUGCCACCUGAGAAAAGCAGCAAAUAGCUGCCUUGGUGCCUUUCUGCAAGGAAGAGAGUGACCUAUGUAUGACUUGAUCUGCACAGAAUUGAAGAUUCUAGGAGGUGGCAUCGGCACACUUGAGUUCUGCCAGCUCAUGAACCCCAUGUAAAUUACCUGAGCUCUUUCCACAGGUGCAAUUCCUGCUGGAUUAUUAACUGCAUAGCUAGCAAAAUACUAACUUUUGCUGCAGUGCCCAGAAAUGUGUUCUGUGCUGACUGCUCAUUUGCCUGUUUGCUGAAAACAAACUGGCUUUUCCUUGUUUAAAAAUCUGAAACAAAUGAACAAAAAAUAUGAUUUAGACAAGGAGAAAUUGGGCCACUUGAAGUAAAGAUAGCAUCUUCACAGUAAAUGAUGGUGCUUGCUAUUCACUAAAUAGCAGUUUUUAGGGGGCAAGCAGUUCAGAGGAUGUAUUGUCGUAACUGGAUGCCUCCCAGUGUGAAUGUGGAACAUCUAGCAUUCAUAUUGCAGUGCUCCUUGAUAUUUUGAUAUUUGCAGUAUAAUGCUGUAGAUACUCCUUGUAUUUUUUUUUUAAUUCAGGGAACUGGUAAAUAAAACUUAUUGACUGA